AUGUUCGCUCAACGCCCUUCAUUCCGAUUCUUAGCCGUUGGCGCACUCUUCUCCCUCGUCACACUCACAUUCCUCCUCUUGAAUACACGCCGAUCACACGAUUUGACAUCCCAGUACAUCCUCAAGACCCCGCGGCCGGUCUCACAUUGCCCGCCUUCUUCCUCGACCCAGCCUCUUCCGAACAGUACCAAUACCCACAACCAACUUGAAGCUUGGAAGUUCCAUGUUGAUCGCGAUGGAAAUGAUCACGGUCUUUCAGAGGAGCAGUGCCAAAUUGCGUUUCCGAAACUCUUCGGCGAGAUUGAGAAAUCCGCGGCGUUACAAUCGCAAGAUCUCAUUUCUUAUGAGGAGCUGCGAGGGCGAGAGAUUGAGGAUGGGAUGGUGAGGUGCAUUAUUCUUCGGGGCGAGUUAUAUAUUGUCGAAUUCGCCCCUCAGCCCGUGACUGCAUCCCGUGCCCGCGCAACCCUAAACUCCCUCCACCGCGCGCUCAAAGCAAUCCCGAACCGCCACCACCUCCCCAGCAUCGAAUUCAUCUUCACGACCGAGGACUUCGCAAAUGACCCCGUGGGCCGCGGACCCGUAUGGUCCUACUCAAAACGCGACACGGACUCCUCAGUCUGGCUAAUGCCCGACUUUGGCUACUGGGCCUGGCCAGAAGUCCAAGUAGGACCGUACCACGAAGUCCGACGACGUAUCGCAGCUAUUGAUGACGGGGGAAUCAACCCGGAUGAUGGCUCCAUCAUCAGUCCCGGUAUCUCCUUCCAGGAUAAAAAGAAGCAGCUCGUCUGGCGCGGAAGUCUAAAUACAAACCCCGGCAUCCGGAGUAAACUCCUCAAAGCCUCGUCAGGAAAAAGCUGGGCCAGUGUCCGGGUCAUUGACUGGGAUGACGAAAAUGAUAUAAGAUACAAUCUCCUCCCGAUCGAAGAUCACUGUCGAUACAUGUUCCUCGCGCAUACCGAGGGUCGCAGUUUUUCCGGUCGAGGCAAGUAUCUACUGAACUGUCGUUCGGUGGUUAUUUCGCAUCCGCUUAUUUGGCGUGAGGCGCAUCACGCUGCGCUCAUCUCGUCCGGGCCCGAUGCGAAUUUCGUCGAGGUGAAGGCGGAUUUCUCGGAUUUGUCGCGCAUGAUUGAUUAUCUUAUUGAUAACCCGAGGAUUGCGGAACGAAUUGCGGAGAAUUCUGUUCGCACUUUUCGUGAUCGGUAUCUUACUCCUGCUGCGGAGUCUUGUUAUUGGCGCCAGCUUGUGAGGUCUUAUGCUUCUGUUUGUGAUUUUGAACCGUUGCUUUUUGAUACGACCAGGGAUGGAAAGAAGGUUUCUCGUGGUGUGCCGUUUGAGACUUGGAUGCUUAUGCAUUGA